AUGAUCACCCUUCUCGAUGAUGAGACCAUCGAAUUCAUCAACGCCAAAGGCGGCAUAAAAGCCAUCGUGAUCUCUCAUCCACAUUAUUACACCACAUACGUAGAUUGGGCACAAGCUUUCAACUGUCCCGUCUACGUAUCGAAGGAUGACCAGGAAUGGCUCUGUCAGAAGCCUCCGACGCCACAAAUGCUGCGACUGAUCGAUGGUCCUGCCCCUGCCGGCGAAAAAGUGCUGCCUGGGGUAACCGCCAUCAAGACUGGUGGACAUUUCCCAGGCAGCUUAGUCCUGCAUUGGGGGAGGAAGCUGUUCAUCGCUGAUACUAUUGUAACGGUCCCUUCUGCAUAUACGCCCCAUCCGCGUCCGCCAGGUCAGACCAGCUACUCUUUCCAAUGGUCGAUCCCGAACAUGAUCCCUCUACCACCAUCCGAGAUACUGAAGAUCUGGCGGGCCAUUGAGCAUUUCAAAUUCGAUACGACACAUGGAGCGUUCGGCGGCAUGGAUGUAAGAGACAAGUGUUUGAAGAAGAGAUUGCUGGAAAGCAUGAAGAUUCAGACACGAGGCCAAGGGUGGGAGCAGCAUGAGAUUUUGGGUCAAGUGAUCUGA